AUUCAACCCUGCAGUCGUAUUGUUGUUGUUGAAGAAGAAAGUGAUGGGGGACGAGCGAGAAGAUCCGCAGAAAAUAAAGAGAAUAGCAGCCGCUUCUUAUGAUUACGAGAACGACCCGAGAUGGGCCGAUUACUGGUCCAACAUCUUGAUUCCUCCUAACAUGGCCGCUCGUGCUGACGUCAUCGAUCACUUCAAACGCAAGUUCUACCAGCGUUACAUCGAUCCAGAACUUGUGGUAGAGUCUAUGUCUACAAGCAGUUCAUCUCAACCAGCACAACCCUCUGCAGCAUCCUCCAACUCAUCAACUACUGCUAAUGGAGCUCGACCACGCAACACAGGAUCAACCACCAGAACCUCUGGAACAUCAGCAACUGCAGGUUCUAAUGCAACUUCCCUACGCUGGGAUCGGCAAACUAUACAAUUUUCUGUCAAUGCUUGGGUUUUUGUGGUCGCGCUGUUUGCAAUAUUUCCUCUUGUACCAAGGCAUCUCUCAAAUAGGGCAUAUAGGCUGUCAUUUAUGGGCACUGCUUGUUCCUCUCUAUAUUCAUUGUACUCACUUUAUGGGAGACCCAGGGCAUGGAACUUGCAAGCUUUGCAAGUGUACUUUCAGUCAGUAAUUGCGACCAAAGAUUUUAUUUACUUCAUCUACUGCCUUACCUUUGUCACUUCACAUCUUUGCCUUAAAUUUGCUUUGAUUCCCAUAUUAUGCCGUGCUGUUGAACAUGUGGCCAAGUUCUUAAGGCGUAAUUUUAGCCGUUCCUCCUUGUACAGGAAGUACUUGGAAGAUGCUUGUGUAUGGGUGGAGUCGAACACAACUACCCUUAGCAUUCUUUCCUCGUAUGCCGAGAUUGGACUUGGCUUUCUUCUAAUCAUCUCUUUGCUCUCGUGGCAGCGCAAUAUAAUACAAGCUUUUAUGUAUUGGCAGCUGUUAAAGCUCAUGCAUCAUGCCCCUGUGACUGCUGGUUACCAUCAAAGUGUGUGGGCCACGAUAGGGAGGACUGUUAAUCCAGUUGUAGAGCGUUAUGCACCAUUCUUGAGCACUCCAAUUUCUGGUAUUCAGCGAUGGUGGUUCAGAUAGAAUUUCCAAGGAGCAUGAGUAAGAAGCGGAAGAUCUUACAUGGGAUUUGCUUGAACACGUUUUUUUUGGGAGAGAAACCGAUUUUAUACCAUAUGAUAUGAAUUUGCCAUCUUCUCUUUAGAUGAAUCCUUCAACUAAUUACUACUUUCUUCCUUUGAUAUGUGUUUAAUCCUGGAAAAUGUCUUUCCCGACGGUUUUAUGGUCAAUAGUUUAACAAUGAUAUAUUCUAUCUAUAAAAGGGUUGUAGCAACUGAUGAAAUACUAUUGAUUUUGCAAACAAAAUGAGAUAUUCCUACA